CACGCGCGCGCGCAGUGAUGGACUCCAGCAGCGCGCGCUUCUCGCUCCUCGCGCCGCACGCGACGCACGCGACGCUCCUCCUCAGGCAGGGCGACAGGAGUUUCCCGCGCAGCCCGAAGUGCGCGCGCUGCCGGAAUCACGGGAUGGUCUCGGCUCUCAAGGGACACAAGCGCUUCUGCCGCUGGCGCGACUGCGCGUGCGUCAAAUGCGCGUUGAUCGCGGAGAGGCAGCGCGUCAUGGCGGCUCAGGUGGCGUUGCGGAGGCAGCAGGCGCAGGAGGAGCUGCAGCUGAUCUACCCCGCGGCAGGAGCGACGCAGGGCGGCGCGAGCGUCUCCAGAGCAGCGCUGAGCGCGUUCGACGCCUUCAGGCCGGACGAGAAAAGCCUUCAGAAGUGCAGCAUGUUGAGUGGGUUGGUGGAUCAGGCGUUCUUCACCUCAGGAAAGAGUGACCCGUCUCCUGGACCGGAUCUGGAGUCGGAGAAACAGUGGGAAGCUCCCGGGCGAAACCCCACUGCCGUCCUGAUGAAGAUCUUCCCUCAGGUGGAGCGGGACGCUCUGGACUCGGCGCUGGAGGCCGGAUCGGGAGACGUGGUGAAGGCCAUCGAGCUGCUGCUAGGCACCCGGGAGGGUCAGAGGUCAAGCGGAGCCGGCGGCUCUCGGGAGGGUCAGAGGUCAAGCGGAGCCGGCGGGUCACGAGGACACUCCAGUUCGGCCUUCUCUCCGCUCCACUCUUCUUCGUCUCACUCGUUCAGCGACGGGAUGUUGGGGUUUAACCCUGGGUUUGCGAUCGGCCCGCUGAGACUCUAUCCCACACCGAACUUCCUCCCGCCGCUCCUGACGUCUGGGUUCGUCCCGAUGACCCUGCGGCCGCCGGCGGACUAUCGGCUCCUGCGGGACCUUCCGUAUCCCAGAGACUCCUUCAACCCUGCGGUGUUUCACUCCAGCCUCGACCGGGACAAAUAACCAGACCACAGUCUCCGGCUUUCCCAAUAAACCAGAGUAUGGACCAUGAAUCCAGAUGUUAACCCUUGUGUGACCUUA